AGUGCCAAAAAAAAAAAAAAAAUCUAGGCUUUGAUGAGCCACAACUGUUUUCAAGUCCACAUUGGUUGAACAGUAACUGUGAACUUAGCACUUGUCAUGCCUGACCUUAAUGAAUUUUCCCAGUAGCCCAUGAUGUGGGUAUUAUCAUUUCCAUUAAAGUGUUUUCCAUUAAAGUCAAUGAAGAAACUUGACUUAGGUAACUUGCUCAGACUUCCACAGCCUGGGCAUGGCAGAACUGGGAUUUGAACUUGAUUUGACUUUAGAAUUUGGGCUCUUAAAUCUUACAUGAUACCGACUCUGAAGGUGGCAGGUGUUGAGCAAUCAAGUCAGGAGGAUACUGGGGUUCAGUAUCAGAACAUCUAUUAUCUGAAGAUGCUGGGUAUCAAGAGAAUAAGGCAGGAAACCCUGGAUGGAUAGCGAGGUCAGAACAUGAAGGGUAUCUAAGAGUGUGGUGCUCAGGGCCAGAACGGAUUCUGUACUGAACAUACAAGUAUAAGUUAAAUGGUAGUAACUUUGAAGAUUAGGAAGAUAAAGCAAAAGGAAAUUUAGAAUGUCUUACACCAACCCCUCACUUGUUGGACUGUAAGCCCUCCUGAAUAUGUGAAGCAAAUAGGUUAGUUAGAAUAAAAGGCAAAUUCCUCAGAGCACCAUUAUACACUCCACAAGAUGUCAAGUGCCACUUUCUAUAAUGUCAACAUUUCUUCUUUAAAAAACACAAAUACAGGAGUCAGAAGAGGGGUUUACAAGGCACAUCAUAGAGCCCGUAGUGUCCAGUGAUAGAUAUUAGUCCACUGACCAUGAUUGGUGCCCUAAGGAGGUGAAAGUUCACAUAAGCAGAAACUGUGUACAAUUGUGUUUCCAGCAUUGCCAAGGAAAUCUCUCUCUAAAUGAAAUAAUGAAGUCAUAGUCAUGAAGAAAAAAAUGAAAAAGAAUAAAGAAAAAUCAAGAAUAAACACAGGCUGAGUUAUUUAGAGCUGGAUUAAGGGCCUAGUUCAGAAGAAAGUGGAAGUGUCAAUGUGAAGUUGCCACUGGAUGAGGGGGAAAUUUAUAUAAUUCUGAUAUCUAGAGUGGGGGUUGCAAGUUUGCAUAUUUCUCUCACCUAAUAGGGUUUCUCCCAAUAUAGCAAACGUGAAAUACAACAGAGUUUGGUUUUCAAGUUUGCCUCCUGAUUUGCACCUCCAGCAUGUAGGACUCAAAUAUGCUUAGGGGUCAAACUACAUAUCUUAACUUUUAUCUUAUGCUAACUUCUAAGAUCCUAACGACAGAGGGUAGUGUAUGGGCAACUGAAAUUCACCUAGUGAAAGAGAGGUUCUGGGGGAGACCAAUGCUGUUUUCCAGCUUCUAUGACAUGGUUUAAUGGGAUCAGGACUGGGGCGUACUUGCCCUUUCAACAGCAUGAGUCUUAACCUUUUUUGUUUAUUGAACAUUUUUUGGGUGGAAUUCAAUUCAAAAACAUUUUCGAGCACCUACUAUGGGCAAGGCAUUAUGCUAGGCACUGAGGAUGAAAAGAAAAAAGUUUUCCAGCCAGCUCUCUCUAUGCCUCCUGACACCACAGCAAGGCCAGCGUAAUGAGACUGCCUUUCACAAGCAACUCAGGACCUCCAGAAAUAUAUGCUAUGCAAUCUCCACAGAUGACACUCUGAAAAGUAAAGGCAGAAGCAAAGAUGAAAGACAAAAUGAGAUGGUGAUAAGAUUUUUGGAAAUAAUGGUAAAUCUGGGGUUAGAAUCAAAGAUUAUUGACUCUCAGGUCAGUGCCCCUUUUGCAGAUCACCUCCUCUAGGAUUUGUAGUAACUGAAAUCUGGCAACAACUUUGUACCUGAGGAGUAGUUGGGGCUGAGUGUGGGGACCACUUACUCCUCCUGAACACAUUCUUCGAGUGGCAUCUUUUCAACGGUAUUUGAAAGAAUAUAUUAACAUGAUAGUUGCUGAGACUAGGGAUAAACCCCCAGAGAAAGCAGUGGGACAAACCACCAUUCUUGGUUGUAAGUCACAUAGAAACAUAUUCUGGCAAGUUUAGGCUGAAAAGGAAUUUAUUGGGAACUUUUGGGAAGCUGACAGAAUUAUAGGGGAGGUUGGGGGAACAGAUGCCAAGGAUGGUUGCGGAAUCUAGGAGGCUUGAACCGGCAUCAACGUUCUGGAAAGUGCUACUACCCCCACUUUUGGAAUGGCUGCAAAGCCGCUGAUACUGGACGCGCAAAGCCGCCUCCACCUGCGGCAGGCAGGCCACUUCUCUAGGGAAACCCCUUUUUCCGGCGGUGAGGUGAAAGCGAGUGCCUGUCAAUCCUGGCGAGGCUCGGGCCUCACGCCACCUCUCGACAGCCUGCCGCCCACCGGCUUUAAGACCCGGCGGAGCCGGAAAUGAGGCUUGGAGGCGGGACUAGGUGAGGUCAUCGCGCACACCUGACGUAAUCAGCCCGCGCCAGCAAAACUGAGGGCGCGAGGGCCGUGGAAAAGCGCGUUUCUUGCUUGCCUCAGCUCUCACGUACCAUGGCGUCCCCCGUGCAGCAGUCUCCUCAGCCUGGCGGCGGGAAGCGCAAAGGCAAGGCUCAGUACGUGCAGGCCAAACGGGCUCGGCGCUGCGAUGGCGGCGGGCCCCGGCAGCUGGAGCCCGGGCUACAGGGCAUUCUCAUCACCUGUAACAUGAACGAGCGCAAGUGCGUGGAGGAGGCCUACAGCCUGCUCAACGAAUACGGAGACGACAUGUAUGGUCCAGAAAAGUUUGCAGACAAGGAUCAGCAACCCUCUGGAAGUGACGCAGAAGAUGAUGAUGUGGAGGCCGCCUUGAAGAAAGAAGUUGGUGACAUUAAGGCGUCUACAGAGAUGAGGCUGAGAAGAUUCCAGUCAGUGGAGAGUGGAGCAAAUAAUGUCGUCUUCAUCAGGACACUUGGGAUAGAACCUGAGAAAUUGGUGCAUCAUAUUCUCCAAGAUAUAUACAAAACCAAGAAAAAGAAGACUCGGGUUAUUCUACGAAUGUUACCCAUCUCAGGCACAUGCAAGGCUUUCUUAGAAGAUAUGAAAAAAUAUGCAGAAACAUUUUUGGAACCCUGGUUUAAAGCUCCAAACAAAGGGACAUUUCAGAUUGUAUAUAAAUCUCGAAAUAACAGUCACAUGAAUAGAGAAGAAGUUAUCAAAGAAUUGGCAGGAAUAGUAGGCAGCCUCAAUUCGGAAAAUAAAGUAGAUCUUACCAAUCCACAGUACACAGUGGUAGUAGAAAUCAUUAAAGCUGUCUGUUGCCUGAGUGUUGUGAAAGAUUACACGUUGUUCAGAAAAUACAAUCUCCAGGAGGUGGUGAAGAGUGCCAAGGACUCGUCACAGCUUAAUGCAAAGCAGGCAGCGCUAACAGGAAAUGGGAAAGAAGCUAAACUGGAAUCUGGUGACAAAUCAAAUCAAAAGGACGCAGCAGAAGGAAAAAAUAACCAGCAGGUGGUACCAGAGGAUAGUGAGGAGCUGGGUCAGACAGAACCAGUAUCUGAGACACUUGUGGUGAGUGAGGGGGCCGCUAAACCUGAACUUGCAAGUCAAGUCACAGAAGGAUCUGAGUCACAUGGAAAUGACCUUUCAUAGGAAAAGAAAUCAUUUGGUGUUAGAGGUGGAUUUCUCAACUGCGGUCCUGUGAGAUGUUGCUGGGAUUCUAUAUAAAAUUGUUACUAAAAAUAUUGUUUUUGAGUUUGUGUGCUGCAUAAUGCUGUACUCACAAUAAUUGAGCAGCCCCGUUAAUAGCUUUGUUAGAGAUCUUUCAGCCCUGUAUGGCAGUGUGCAUUUGGUUGAGCUAGAAGAGGCUAUGGAUAAAUUGGUGAACACUACUACACAGAGCGGAGGGUGGCGGGAGGAUGAUGUUGGCCUCUCCCUCUUGAUUACCCUCCCCACUCCCCCGCUUCUGCACUGCCAGCUGACUUAUGGGAGUGAGCAAGCUCUGUGAAUCGAAACUCAGAGGGAAAUUUUCAUUCUAAGGAAGGAAUUUUGCAUUUUGCAGCUCAGCUGUCCCCUGCCACUUUGUUGUAAACAUUGCAAAAACAUGGGCCAUAUAGGUUAGAAGUGUAUUGUUUUGUGAAGUUUCUGUACCUUUUGUGAUUUUCUUGUUUAGUUUUUAUGCCCCGCCCGCGUUUUUCUUUGGCUGCUCCGCGAGGCAUGUGGGAUCUUAGUUCGACAACCAGGGAUUGAACCCGCGCUCCCUGCAGUGGAAGCUAUGCCCAUUUUUAUGUUUUCGUAACAUUUGUUACAACCAAAUCUGAUGGUGCAUUGCUGCAAUUUUUGGAGGCAAGGUGUGAGAUAGAAGUGUUCAUUCUAGGCAUAAAAUUACAGAUAUUUCUGAUGAGGUUAGUUAUGAAGAAUUAAUCUUCUGAGCUAUUACAGUAUGCUAGUGCAGCAAGGCACGCAAAUUCUUUACAGUGUAAGCUACUUUACAAUGUAAAUGGACUUAUUCAAGCUGUUCCAUUCCAUAUCCUUUGUGAAAUGCAACUUACAAACAGAACAUUUGCUUCAGCAGUUGUAACUAUAAAUCAUAGCUCCCUGACAAAUAAAGACAAUUAUUUUAAUGGCUUUGGAAUAUCAAGACAGUAAAGCUUUUGUUCAAAAAAUCAUGUUCAGUGAAAAGGUUUAGGAAGCAAAUUAUGUAGUAGCAGAACUUUUUCCAGGAAAGAAAAAUUCACAUAGUUGGUAAGAAUCUAACAGUACCAACAUUAAAAUGCUAGGUCAAGAAGCAGUACAAGAAAUUGAAAAGACUUUUCUCUCAAUGUAAUAAAUUGACUUAUGUCACAUGAUACUAAAGAGGUUUUGUUUAAAAGCAGCAGCAGUUGCUGAUGAAUCAACAGAUUUCAUGAAUAUUUGUCAUGCUAUAGCAAGAUUUGUAAAUUAUGAGGAAAUUCAAGGAAACUUUCGCCUGCUAGGAGCCUCCCAAAACAAUGGUCAGUAUAAAUUUAAUAGGUCUUCAUAUCUGAAAAACAACAGUCUGCCAUCUGUACACCUGGUGCCCCAUCAGUGGCUGGCUCCAUGACAAGUUUUACCUCAUUUUAGUAAAAGAAAAUCCUGACGUUUAUGUUACAGCACACUGCUUUCUUCACAGAGAAGUGCUGAUAUUAAAAACUUGGAGAUGAAAUGAAGAAAGUUUUAAAUAAUGUUGCAAAAAUGGUUAACUUAAUUAAAGAUCCAUUUUAUGCAAGAAUGUUUAAAAAAAAAAAAAACUAAAACCUGAACAAAGAGCACAUAAAUCUCCUACAUACAGAAAUCCAGUACUUACCAGAGGAGGAGUUCUCUACAGGAUAUGUGAGUUGAAAGGUGAAUUACCAGUAAAUUAUAAGUACAAUAAAAUACUAGGUCAGAUUUUGCUAAAUGCUUUGAAGACGAAGAAUGGCUACAGAAACUAGUCUAUUUAGAAGACAUUUUUUUCAUUGCAAGAACAAAUGAACAGUUUUCUGCAAGGGCCUGGAGAAAAAUGUUUCUUCUUAAAAGUGACAGGAGUCUUAGAUUAAAAGAAACUGACUCUUUGGAAUAAUUAUGUUGCAUAAGGCACUCUUGAAAUGUUUCCACAGCCACUUGGGUUUGAGAAUGAAGAAAGCAACAAGUCUCAGGUCUUACUUAAACUCCUCUUGCAGAACUGCAAAACCAAAUUAAAUAACAUUUCCCCUCCUUUUCCCAACACUGGUGUGUGACUGGGUGAGGAACCCUUUCCCAAAAUCUCAGCCUGGGAUUUCUUCACUGAGAGAAGAGGAAGAACUCAGAGUCCUCUUCUGACAGUUCUGGACUUCUGUGAAACAAGAGCAUCUUUCAACUUAGUGCUCACACUCAUAUACAUUGAGGAUCCCCUUAAUUUGAAAGUUUUUUCAAGGGUUCCUCCAGGGUAAAACUGAAAAAAGAUGGAAGAGACAGACACCAAAGAGGGCUGCAAAAUUAAAUGUCCGGAUUGAGAAUACCAAGGGGUCAUGAAAUUAGCUUUUGGAGUUGGAUUUUAUUAAGUUUUAACAAGUUCGGAAGUAUUGUUAAGUCUUCCUGCACCAAUGGCCAUGUUUGUUUAUUGGCUAGUGAACAUGGAAAUAUAUUUUUAUCCUCCUAGCUAGUGGUCCUGCUGGUAAAACGAAGGAUUUGGGAGGAGCAAAGAGAAUAGAAAGGGCCUUGCUGAUGCAGAUGAGGCUGGAACUUCCUUAUAUAUCUUUAGAUAUUUAGAAUGUUAACUCUUAAUAAGUGGAAGUUAUCUUGAAAGGAUGAUAGGAGCAUUGUAACUGUCAUUGGGGGAACACGGAUGAUAGGAUUUUGGUGCCUUCAUCAGACUUUUUCCAAGACAAAGAUACUUUUAUUUUGAUAGUACAAGACUCUGGGAAUAAAAUUGGCUGUAUGCUUAUAGAACGUACAACCCUGUGGAACUGGGUUCCUUUUAUUUUGUGAAAGCUGCUACUCUACAGAAAGAUUUUGAUAUAGUAGUUUGUUUUUAAUCCUCUUUUGUAUUUAUUUUUAUCAAUAUUUGGUAAGACCUUAGUGUGACAAAAGCUAUUCUUCCCCAAAUGUAAGGUAGUACGGUGUUCUGUUGGAAUCUGAAUUCAGUCGUUGAAAAAUUUGUUUUCAGGUUUACCAACUGUUUAUUUUCACUGACAUCUGAGCAUGUUAUUCUAUAAAUGACAAGAUUCCAGGGUGGGAAUUGAGUGCUUUUUGUCCUUUUAAUUUUUAUUUAAAAAAAUUAUGUCAGGGCUUCACCUGGUGGCACAGUGGUUGAGAGUCCGCCUGCCGAUGCAGGGGACACGGGUUCGUGCCCCGGUCCGGGAAGAUCCCACAUGCCGCGGAGCGGCUGGGCCCGUGAGCCAUGGCCGCUGAGCCUGCGCAUCCGGAGCCCGUGCUCCGCAAUGGGAGAGGCCACAACAGUGAGAGGCCCGCGUACCGCAAAAAAAAAAAAAAAAUUAUGUCAGUUAAACUCCAGUGUUGUGGUUUAGUAAAACUUGUUUUGCUCUGUGGAGGAAAGAGUGUUAAAUUUGAUAUUUUAAAACAUGUUUCCCUUUAGUUAAACAUGGUUUCUAAAUGUUAUUUUUACUUGUAUUUUGCUUUAGGUAUGGCCAGAUAUUCAGCUUGUUUUUCAGUUUCUGAUGUUUUCAGAAAAAUCAAAAUAAAUUUGUUCCCUAAA